AUGGCUUUAACAAUCUUCUCUGGUCCCUACUUCGUCCCAAGAACUACACUUUCAAAAUCAACAAAUCUCAGCCGUCCAUCGCUCUCUCCGUCACGGACGGUGGUGGUAACAGCUUUGUCCUCCGGUGCUAGUUCCUCUUAUUGGAGCUCCGUGAAUGCCGAUAUCCAAAACCAUCUUCAACGGACCGUCAAGGCCAAACCGCCUCUCUCUGUUUACGAGCCGCUACGUCACUUCGCUCUAAUGGCUCCACCUGAUGAUGACGUGGCUGCUGCAUUGUGCGUCGCGUCCUACGAACUCGUCGGCGGUCAAAAUCGUGACAAGGCCGUAGAGCUUGCAGCUGCUCUCAGGCUAUUGUACGCCGUUUCAUACACUCAUGGACCGUUGCUUGACCCUAGUGGUGGUGGGAGUGGGAUCGUGCAUGAACCGUAUGGAGCGAGUGUUCGGCUUCUGAUCGGGGAUGGUUUGUUGCCGUUUGCAAUAGAAAUGCUGGUCCGACCGGACAAAUUGGUUACUGAGCACUCGAGUCGGGUGUUACGGGUCGUGAAAGAAGUGACGCACGCGAUCGGGUCCCAAGGAAUGGUCGAGGGGCAAUACCGUGAAACACUACGGAGUAAGUCAUCAGACGGUGAUGAAGGGUUAAGGUAUGGACACGUGGAAGAAAUCUGUGAGAGGUCGGAGAAGAUGGAGGGAAAGGCCUACGCUUGCUCUGCUGCAUGUGGAGCGAUACUUGGAGGUGGAAAUAAGGAUGAUAUUGAUAAAUUGAGAAGUUAUGGUUUCAAUGUUGGAAAAAUUCAUGGCGUUUUGAAAAAGUGGAGAACGGAGGAGGGAAAAGAGAAUGGGGUGAUAAUGAAAAAAGUAGAAGAGAUGAAGGAUUUAGCAAUGAAAGAGUUGGAAAGCUUUGAAGGAGAGAAAGUGAAUGUUAUGUAUGGUCUGAUUGAUAUGUACUUGGGGGACGUAAACUAA